GAUUUGUUUACGCUUGAGUUAAAACAAACACGCAUUUUGUUUCACAUCAAAUUGCUGCAAAUUUCGUCGCGAUGCCAUUUAAAAUCGUGCAGACGAUAGAAGGCGGAGAAAUAUGCCUGAGUGUUGUCCCAAGUGGUUGGGAGGCGAAUGGAGUAUUAUGGUGGCCGAAAAAGCAUUUGGUGGGCAAAUUGUCUCAGAUUGAGACCUCUAUUCCUAAUGAAAAAUGGGAGAAAAUGAAUUGCAUUAGGAAGAGGGAGUUUUCAUCACGCAAGGAAGCUGAUGACGAACUCGAUCGGAUGGAAACAAAGAAUGAUACUGAUGUCGAAAACUAUCCUCUGCCACCUCCAAAGAAGCGUUUGCGUCAAGAAUCAUCGAGCAAGGUAUAUGUGGCGAAAAAUUUCAACGAACUUGUGGACAAUAUUUCUGUACAUACAAGAGCAUCGGAAGAACGUGAAGUGGAAAGAGCUCCUGUACCUAAUCCUGACAUUGAAGCAAACAUUAUGAAUCCUGUGGACGAUCAGCAAGUGUUGUAUGUUACGGAAUCUAUUGAUUCUGGUGUCCCAGCAGUACAAGGUGAACCAUCUCAAGUUUUAUACAUGUCGAAUGGCGUUGACAUCAACAACUUGGACACUGUGCUGGAAAAUCAACGUAUUAUUAUGGAUAACCAGGGCAAAUUGAUGAUGGCCUUAGCAAAAAUUCAAACCAGACAGGAAUAUGCCAUAACCCAUUGCAUUUGCCGUACAUCUCGAAACGAUACUGCUCCCGUGAAAUCUAACGCGCAGGAUGUGUUUUCCCCUGUCGAUUCUUUGAUCGAACUGAGCGCUUUGGAAAAAUCUUUGGAAGAUGACAAACUGAUGCAAAAAUAUUUAAGUGGAAUGAGUUUCAUUUGUGGUGCUACUGGCAAGUCUCAAGGAAUGGACUGUUGCUACAAAUUAAUCGACUAUUUUUUCACUCGGAAGUUCCUCACGCAAUGCUCUUGGACAGGUAUGGUGCGAUUGGGUGGCUCUCAGCCAGAGCCAUCAACCAGUAGUGAUCCUGGGCCAAAAGUCCCACUCAAGUUUUACAAAAGCACACGUGCACUGUUUUUGAAUUUGAUUAUGCAAGCUGACAAGGAUUUUUCGGAGGUUGAUUGUGAAAAAUUCUUCAAAGUAGUUCUCAAGAACAGUAAACAACGACUAUCAGCGAAGGCCUUGACAUCGAAGCAUAAGAACAGACCUUCAAACAUGAAGUACAACAAACCCGAAGUGGCAUCUGGAACAGUGAUGGAUUCUGUACUUGAAGAGUCAAACGAUAUUUCGACUGCAAAUAUCACCGUCAUGUGAAGUAUUC